AUGAAUAACCUUAAUAGUAUAACAAAUAAUAUAACUCAACUAUUUGCCAAGGGAGAUUAUACAGAUAAUGAGGAGUUGAAGACGGAUUUGAAGAAUUUGCAUAAACAGGUGCGAGAGAAUAAUGUGAAGAAGGUCAAGAAGUUGUUGUCGACAAAAAGGGCCAAACAUAUAUUGAAUGCCGCCUCGGAGGACCUGGACGAGACGGCCAUCCUCAUCGCAGCCAAGGCCAACAACUUUGAGAUGUUUGAAUUGCUGCUGACAUUCUUCAAGACAUGUCGCGUCGACAUCAACAACCCCGACAAGAAUGGCUACACGUGUCUGCACCACUUGUUCGCCCUGCCCGACGUCGACCCCAAGCUGCUGCUCAUCCUGCUCGACGCCGACGUGCACGUCAACAGCAUCAACCGCGACCUCAACACACCGUUCCACUACUUUUGCCAAAAGUUCCGCUCCAACUCCAUGGCCAAGGAGGUGUUUGAUCGAUUCAUUGCCAAGGGCGCCAACAUCAAUGCCACCAACAAGAAUGGCGAGUCUCCUCUGCACAAGGCGGUCUUUAACAACAAUCUUGCCGAGACCAUGGUGACCCUAUUGCUGGAGGCACAGGCCAAUGUCAAUGCCACCAACAAGAAUGGCGAGUCAUGUCUACAUUACUGCGUGAGAAUGGGUCGCACUGACCUAGUCACACUUCUCAUCAAGUAUGGCGCCGAUCGCACCAUCACCAAGGACAAUCAAACACUCUACGAUAUUGCCAUUCAAGAGAACUUCACCAAACUAGCCGAUUUGUUAAAGGAUGGAGCUACGAUUGACACUUCACAGAAUGGUUCGACAACAGAGUUGAUCACAUUAUUACAGAAUCCAACGUUGAGGGAGGACUUUAGAGCAUUCCUACGCGAUGAGCUGAUAUGCGAGGAGAAUAUCUCAUUCUGGUUGGAUGUCGAGUCGUUCAGAUUGAUGAAGAUUGACAGCGCACAGCGAGUGUUCAAGGAGUUCUAUCGCAUACAGGAGAAGUACAUUAUGGACAACUCACCGAGCGAAAUCAACAUCCCAUUCACCAUCAAGAAGGAGAUCAAUGCAUUCAUCAAGACACUGCCGCCUAGGACUGAGAUGCUGUUUGACUCGUCUGGUUCUUCAAGCUCGCCAAUGCUCUCACCCAUCUCAAUGUCGGCGCCAAACCUUGGCGGCGUGAUCUCUUCGUCCUCGGGCAGUGGCAACAGCUCUCCAUCACUCUCGCCAGCACACUCCUUUUCACAACUCCCAACACAGUUGUCGUCCAAGACAACGCCAACAGACUCUGGCUCGGCCACACCAGCGGCCAAUCCAGCCACCACUUCAACUUCCACUUCCACAUCCAAUCCAACAUCCACUUCCUCAUCAUCUACAAACACCAACACAGCCACAGCCAUCCCAUCUAUUACAACAACCUCAACUACCACCUCUAGCCAAUCGACGACAACAGCGAUGGCUGCACCAGCCUCUGCACCGGGUUCGCCACAGGCCAAUCCAACAGGCUUCGACUACCAAAAGAUAAGAACCAUAUACAACUCUGCACAACAACACAUAUUUAUGCUAAUGGCCACAGACUCGCUUGCCAAGUACAAGAAGAGGACUAGAAAGAGCAAGUCCUACAACACACCACUGUCAGCAUCCACCACUUUGGCCUGA